GUCUGUAAUCAGUUGUAGAUGUGAAGUAAUUGGGCUCACAUGAAGAUCUUGCGGGACUCAAUCAUUGCUACCACCAGCGGUAAAUCAUCAGACACCAAGCUACCUGAACCUCAUGCUCACCCAUGGCUACCGAGAGGAAGAGUAACGGACUGGAAAGCUACACGUUUCACAUCGAUACCAAGGGGCAUUUUUGCAAGCUGCCUGGAGGACCAGAAGAUGAUGACCUAUUGGGGAAGGGAAGCAGGAGCAAGCUGGCCUACUGCAUCACAGACGUCCCACCUUGGUACCUCUGCAUUGUCCUGGGCGUCCAGCACUGCCUGACGGCCUUUGGCGGCCUCAUCGCCAUCCCGCUCAUUCUGUCCCAGGCCCUGUGCCUGCAGCACGAUGGGCUCACCCAAAGCUACCUCAUCAGCACCAUCUUCUUUGUCUCUGGGCUCUGCACCCUGCUGCAGGUCAUUUUCGGGGUCAGACUGCCCAUCCUGCAAGGGGGCACCUUCACCCUGCUGGCCCCGUCCCUGGCCAUGCUGUCCAUGCCCGAGUGGACCUGUCCCACCUGGACACAGAACGCCUCUCUGGUGAACGUUUCCUCGCCGGUGUUUAUCGAGGUCUGGCAAAGCCGCAUGAGAGAGCUGCAGGGUUCCAUCAUGGUGGGCUCCUGCUUCCAAAUCCUGGUAGGCUUCUCUGGCCUCAUCGGGUUCUUUAUGAAGUUCAUUGGGCCGCUCACUAUUGCACCCACCAUCUCCCUGAUCGGGUUGUCCCUGUUUGACUCAGCUGGCAUGAGCGCGGGGAAUCACUGGGGCGUUGCAGCUAUGACGACCGUUCUGAUUGUCAUGUUCUCCCAGUACCUCCGUCACAUGACCGUCCCAGUUCCUGCAUACAGCAAGACCAGAAAGUUCCACUCCUCCAGGAUGUACAUAUUUCAGAUUUUACCUGUGCUCCUGGGAAUCACGCUGUCCUGGUUGGUCUGCUACCUUUUGACCAUCUACGACAUCCUGCCCUUGGAUCCAAAGGAGUACGGAUACCAAGCCCGCACAGACCUUAAGGGUGACGUCAUCACCCAAGCCCCCUGGUUCAGGUUCCCCUACCCAGGUCAAUGGGGCAUGCCCACCGUGAGCUUGGCAGGGGUUUGUGGAAUCCUGGCAGGGGUCACAUCCUCCAUGGUAGAGUCCGUGGGUGACUACCACGCCUGCGCCCGGCUGUCGGGGGCCCCACCUCCUCCUAGGCAUGCCAUCAAUCGGGGAGUAGGCAUCGAGGGGGUGGGCUGUCUGCUGGCUGGGGCCUGGGGCACAGGUAACGGGACGACUUCCUACAGUGAGAAUGUUGGCGCGCUGGGCAUCACCAAGGUGGGUAGCCGCAUGGUGAUUGUGGCCAGCGGAGUCCUGAUGAUUCUGAUGGGGAUGUUUGGGAAAAUUGGAGCCAUCUUCACCACACUCCCAACACCUGUCAUUGGAGGAAUGUUCCUGGUGAUGUUUGGAGUGAUAUCUGCGGCUGGAGUUGCAAAUCUGCAGUACGCGGAUAUGAAUUCCUCGCGGAAUAUCUUCAUUUUUGGGUUUUCUGUGUUCACUGGAUUGGUUAUUCCUAACUGGAUACUGAAGAACCCAACCUCCAUAGCAACAGGAGUCAAUGAGCUGGACCAGGUUCUCCAGGUACUGCUGACCACCAGUAUGUUUGUUGGGGGCUUUUUUGGAUUUGUCCUGGACAACACCAUCCCAGGGUCCAAGCAUGAGCGAGGUCUUGUAGCGUGGAACGAGGCACACCACGAGAUUGAAGACGACGUGCCGGAGACCAGUGAGGUGUACAAUCUGCCCUUUGGCCUCAGUUCCCGUUUCUCGUUGUUCUCCUGGGUGUGGUGCCUGCCUUUCUGCCCUCCAGUUGGACAGGAGCAGGGCCCCUUGGGAGACAAAGAAGAUGUGACAAAGCCUGGUCUCACACAAACCCAGGCAAGUGGCUGUCAGUGA